UUCCAUUUUGAAGCUGCAAACAGAAACAGGAAAUUAAACUCAAAAGAAACGUUGUCUAUCGGUUCUAGUGUACUGCGCACGCAAUCUAAGUGAUGCGAUGGAGUGGCAAUUCGUAAUACCUCAGGCACGCGCAGAGCUGCUGCGAUCUGAUAGGAAUAACUACUGCGUCGGACGGGUGCUAAACGCCGCCGAGGUUCCAGAUGCGUUGAAGGCAUCUCGAAUUGGACUACAGGAAGGACCGUUCGGUAUAUUCGAUCACUUCGAUACGUUCUACUCAGUGAUCGACGAUGCGACACAACUGUCCGGUGCGCAUCUGUUGCGCGCCUACGAUCAGCUCUAUGGCGCGAUCGAUAAGCUGGGCAAGAUAAUGGCAGAAACGCUUUCCCGCAAGGAGAUCGAACAGGAAGAUCGACUGGCACUGCUGAAUGCGGUGAAAAUGUUGGCAUUUCUCAUGAACGGAGUGGUGAAGGUGGUCGAUGCACACGUUAAUGCCGCCAACGAGAAGGUGAUGGCGAAGAAAAGUAAAAAACAAACCAACAACGAACAGGUUGAGGCAUUAGACUGGGAUAACAAACGGUACCAGUGCAUCCUGCAAUUGUACAACCUGAUGCAGCUUCCACUGGAGAAGCUAUGGGAUCCACCGGUUUGCGAGGAGUCGUUCGUGGAUGUGGUUUGCGAUAUUUGCUACCGUACGCUGGAACAAUCGUACGUUCGAAGUCGCAACACGGCCGACAGCGUCUUUCAGAUACUCGGUACCGCGAUUAAGCGCUUCAACCAUUCGUUGUCGUUCCCGGUGCGCAUCCUGCAAAUCCUCGAACAUUGUGAAUCCGCCAUCCCCUCGAUCGCGGCUGGUGUUUUGCUUCUGUACGAAGAAUUUGGCAUUGCCACAGUAUACCCAGUGAUCAUCAAGGAGAUCAUCGAGCGGCUUAGCAUCGACGCGGCAGACAAUCAGACCGCCCGCUUCUUCAGCCAGUUCCUGAUCGAGCUGGGUACGUCGGCACCGAAGCUGAUGAUACCGCACCUUUCCACCCUGAGCGAGGAACUGCUCAAUCUCGAAUCGUACACACUGCGCAACUGCGUACUGCAGAUAAUGGGCGAAGCGAUAAUGAGCGAGCUGACGUCGGAGGAUUUGACCGACGAGCUAAAGGAGACGCGCGACGAGUUUUUGGAAGACCUGCUCAACCACAUGAUGGACGUGUCGGCACACGUACGCUCGAAGGUGCUGCAAAUCUGGCUCCAGCUGAAGGAACAUAAUGCUGUCCCGUUAGCCUGGAUUCACAAGGUGCUCCAGGUGUCCGUGGAGCGCUUGGAGGAUAAGGCGUUGCUCGUUCGCAAACAGGCGAUUGGGUUGAUAAAAGCUUUUCUCGAACACAAUCCUUUUUCCGCUAAGUUGUCGUUAGCUGAACUAAGAGCACAGUACGAGGAGGAGGAUAAACAGCUGCAGGAACUUCGCACCAAAUUGGUUGAGCAGGACACCAAAAUGAAGGCCGUUGAGGAGGAAUGGGAGGAUAUCGUGGUGCAAAUGUAUCCUUCGGUGACGGAACUGUUCGCCAAGGAACCAGAGGACAUCGAAAGCGCAACGGAUGACGAUGUGAAACAGCUUUCCGAGCAGGUUGUGUCGCUGCUCAAGGAAGAGAAGUAUCCGGAGUUAGUACGCCUCGUUCAAAGGGCCGACUUUGCUCUCGGCAAUCGUGAGGAACGUCAAGAGAUGACCUUCGAACACCAGUGCAUGUACUACAUAAUGCUGCUGAAGAACUAUUUCAUUCACAACCACAUGGAUAACAAAUUGAACGAAGAAUUUCAAAAGAAGGAAAAUUCUGUCAAUUUCCUUCACGAUUCCAUUCGCUUUUCUGAGUUGAUUUCCAACGCGGUCCCCAAGUUGCUGGAAAUGCUCAUGUCCAAGGCCCAGUCGGACGUGCACGGUGCGAUAGACUUCUUCACGUCGGCCUACCUUUUCGGCAUAAAGGGAACGGAGCAGGGCAUGCAGCAGAUGCUGUUUCUCGUCUGGUCGAACGAUAAAGAGAAACGAGAAAAUGUAACCGCCGCGUACAAACGGAUCCUGUUCGAGACGAACCUGCAGGGCCGUGCGCACACCGUGAAGGUUGUGCGCAACCUGAGCCAGUUUCUGACGAAUCUCACCUGCGGUCACUACACCGCCAUGGAGGUGCUGGUGCAAGAAUGGGUCGAAAACGGGGACAUCGAUGCGCAGAUGAUUCAGGUCCUGUUCGAAAUCUACACGAUGAAACUGGACCAGGUGACGGCGGAAGAGUCCCGCCAGGCGCUCCAGCUGCUGGUGAUGGUUUCGGCCGCGAAACUCUCGGUCGUGACGGCCAACGUGAAGCUGCUGGAGACGAUCGGGUUUGAAGAGCGGGGCCGCACCGAUCCGCGCGUGUUCGUCGCCACCCUCGAGCUGCUGAUGAACUCCGUCGCAAUGCCGGCUAACACGUCGAAGCACUACAAACGCUACGAGCAGACGGCCCCGACCGUGCAGACGGUGAUCGAAAUCUUUGUGAAGCUGUUCUUUGCACGUGCGGUACAAAACUUUGACGACAUCGGCACGAAGGUGUUCGAUUUCAUUUACAAGAUGGUCAAAUCGCCCGACCUGCUGUCGCAGUCUGUCAUGGUGGCAUUAUUCGAGCGUCUGAAAAAAUUGUCAGAAAGUGUCCAGCAGAACGCUGGCCCCGAUGCUGAUGAGCCGAGAUGUUCGCAGGCCAGUCAAAUUGUGGGUGCAACACAGGAACACGAUUCGCGCGUUUCAUCGACACAGCAGGGCGACACACAAAGCUCGAGUUCGGCGCAGAUACUGCUGCGUAUUCCGAACUUCUUAGCUUCACGGUUCAUUUUCACCGUCGGUUACGUGGCCAUGCGUGAAAUGAUUUACCUCGACAUCGACGUGUACAGCAAUAUGAAAUACCGGCAGGAGCUGAAGGAUGAGUUGAAAAAUCAGAAGAAGAAAAAUGCAGCCCUUGCGGACAACACGACCAGGGUAUCGAUGGCCUCGGUGAACGGUAAACGAAAAACUGUCUCCCUCGAUGUUUCCGCCAGCAAUGCUCUGAAGCGCCUCUCCGGUUCGACGACUGGUGCGGCAGGCGGAGGAGCUGGACAAGAGCAGGUCGAACCAGAGGAGGAGCUUCUUAGUGGUGCGACGGCUGAGGAUACGGUGGCGGAAGAGAUUAAUUACAUUUGCGAGAACGAAAUGCUCUACGGACGGAACAGUCUGCUGAAUCGAUUGAUUCCGACGGUGCUGGAGGUGUGCAAGUUCCCCAACCGGUUUCGCGACGAGCUCCUGCAAAAGUCGGCCGUUCUGACGCUCAUCCGCUUGAUGGCGGUAUCGUCGAAAUUCUGCGAGGACAACAUGCCAUUCCUGAUGAACAUUUUCAAACACACCAAGUGCGCCAACAUAAAGUGCAGCAUUGUGAUCGGAUUGUCCGACUUUACGUUUCGCUUUCCGAACGUCAUCGAACCGUGGACGAAUCAUAUGUACUCCACGUUGCACGAGGAGGAUGUCGAGCUGCGGCUGACGGCGGUCAAGAUGAUGUCGCAUCUGAUCCUGCACGAGAUGAUACGCGUGAAGGGUCAAAUCUCCGAGCUGGCGCUGUGCAUCGUCGACCCGGUGAAGGAGAUCCGUACCAUCACCGAGCAGUUCUUCAAGGAGAUUGCUCACAAAUCGAACAUCCUGUACAACGUGCUACCGGAUAUCAUAUCGCGGCUUAGCGAUCCGCAGCUUAAGCUGCAGGAGGAGAAGUACCAUAUCAUAAUGCGCUACAUCAUCGGGCUGAUCAACAAGGAUAAGCAGAUUGAGAGCCUAGUAGAGAAGCUGUGCCUGCGGUUCCGUGUGACGAAUGAGGUACGCCAGUGGCGUGAUAUUGCCUUCUGCCUAUCACUGCUGUCGUACAAUGAGAGGACGAUAAAGAAGCUCAGCGAAAACGUAAGCUGCUUCAAGGAUAAGGUUCAACAUGACGAGAUUUACCAGUCCUUCCGAACGAUCAUCAGCAACACGAAUAAGCUGGCGAAGGCGGAACUGAAGAGCGUUGUCGCGGAAUUUGAAGCUCGAUUGAAAGAAUGUCUGGAGGUACGUGACCGAAACGCGGGAGUUGUCGGUGAGAACGCGGGAUCGAGUGACGACGAUGGCGACGGCGAAGUGGCUUCUACAUCCUCGAGCUUCUCCCGGGGCAGUAAACGUCAGAAUACGUCGCGAGCAGUGAAACCGAGCCAGAAGGGAAAAGCGGCAACUGCUGGUCGCGGAGGAAAGGCACGUGGCGCCGCAAGGAAGCAGGCGGUGUCGUCGGACGAGACGAGCGACAGCGAGGAGGAAAAUCUACCGCCAGUCGCCAGCUCCCGUGCGGCAGCCCGGGCACGCAUAAACAAGAAGAUUACGAAGGUCGUCGAAAGUGACCACUCAGGUAACACACACAUCGAGCCCGACACUAGACGUAAAAAGAGGCACACGCUCGCGGAAAACUAAAUAGGAAAAUGGCCACUAAAAACACAACUCCUCCUUACUUUGUGCUGCAAAACUACUGCUGCUGCCGCCUGCUACUAAUAAUAGGCUACUUAUUUUUCCAAAACGAUCUACAAUAACGGCCCAAUCGGAAGCACAACCGUGUUACGAUCGAUCGUUGCAUACUCAUGCUCUUCUAAACUUGUGUGCUAGAACAAAAUCAUCCGAGCAAGCUAGCCGUUUUCUCUUUUACAUUAUGUUCUAACGGAUGCUAUAAGACUUUACAAUUGUACAUUUAACUGUUUCCGCGAGUGUUUGUGUGUUAGCCCUUUUGUGUGUGUGUGUGUAUUAUGUAACAGAUGUUUAUAACAAAUAAUUAGUCGAUAAGAAAUAUAGGAAAAUAUAUAGUUAUUCUUAAGUG